GGACACGUAUGCUGCAUCGUCCGGUUGCGUCCGUGGUAUUAUGAGACUUAUUUAUGCCACACCAGGCUUCGUCUGGCGCGCGUGCAACUAUUCGCUUGUUCUCCUAUUGACACCGGUUACUAGCGUAUACAGCUGGGUCUACCACAACGCGCCGUUCUUGUUCACCAUCCCCGCUGGCGCCUUUUCCUCCGUGCGCAACUUCGCCUCCUGGAUCCUCGGCUACAACUAUAGCGCCAUUAUGUUCGUUCUCGGCAUCCUUCGCUCAAUUUGGCGCUUCUGGCAGUAUUGUGUCUUCUCCGUGUGGGAUCUGAUCGUUGCUUCAUUCAACGUCGUGGCCGGGGUCGUGAAAUACGCCCUGGCACCCUUGUACAACUUGCCGAUGUUCCGUUCCAUCGCCGAUUCCAAGCUUGUUUCCCAAGCUCUCGGUAUCGCCGGGCAGAUGUUUAGGAAGCUCUCCGCCAUUCUGAAGAACUUCUUCCUGAGCAUGUUCACAGCCACCGAGAAGACCAGUAACGCCUUUCUCCCUUCCAAUGUAACUUCCUGGGGAGAAUCCAUGCCGCUGGUCUACGAUCCUGCGGAAGUAAUAAGAGAGGUUUCCUUUGCUACCGUUAUCAUGGAUGUCCUUUUCGCGGUAUUCACCAUCAGUUUCCUGUACAACUUCUUCCUCCGCUGGACCCUGCUCCCGGACGUCCUGAGCAUGCUGGUCGGAUCGCGAUCGGAGCCCAAGUACUACCUGCACCCGCCCGUGUUCCAGUUCGUCGCGUGCGUGCUGUACUUCCACGUCGCCGACUUCAUGAACCUCUACACCAUGCUCGUGCACGGCGAGCUGAGCCGCGCGUCCUGGGACCUGCUCUGGACGGUCUGGGGCGGCAUCGCGUGCUUCCUGGCCAUGGUGUACAACGUGCUGAGCCCCACCGUCAACCCUUGGCUGACGCUCGGGCAGUCGAACCCGUAUAUGUUCAUCAUGGUUAGCGGGUAUCAGCUCUUCGGCUGGUGCCUGUCUCUCUGCUUUCUCGCCGUGAUCAAGGCCCGCGCGAGCGUGAAGCUCCACCAGUUCCGCGCGGUGAGCCAGGACCCGGCGCUCUUCAACGGCCUCAUCUGGCGUCACACCGUGCUCUCGCGCUGGCUGCUGAGACGGGCAGAGAGGGUCUUGUACUCUCCUCUUCGAUUCAACUUGCUGAUGCGUCGGGCGCCGAUUGAGACGGCAGAGAUAGAGGUGGUGCGGAUGGAGCUGCGCCUGUACAGGGCGAUGAAGAGAAUAUUCCCGCUGGAGACCGAUGAGCAGUGUGUCGCUAAGCUUGCAGAGAUACGAAAGAUCAAAUGGCUGCCGUAGAUACCUAGGUAAAUUUGAGUAGGUAGGUAAUUGGUUUUAGUUCUCGACUAUGUUCGGAUAUAGAUGGUUGGCUCGGUCGGUGCUCUUUUCCUAUACCACUUUAUUCAAGUGCUAGGCAGAUAUAUAAAAUGGGUAGAAUAUGAAAG